AUGGAAUGUAAUAAAGACGAAGCUAGAAGAGCAAUGGAUGUUGCUGAGAAGAAACUUUCAAAGAAUGAUUACGCCGGAGCGAAGAAAUUCGUUAACAAGGCUCAGAAUUUGUAUCCAAAGCUCGAGGGUUUGAAACAAGUUUUGAUGAUGAUCGAUGUUUAUAUCUCUGCAUCAAAGAAUGGGAAAGGAGAAGCUGAUUGGUAUGGUAUUCUCGGUGUUGAUCCUUUAGCCGAUGAUGAAACAGUACAAGAAGCUAUGAGAAUUGCUUAUGAUCAAAAGAGGAAAUCGAAGACCGGGAUGCAGAAACCACCAAGCCCACAUAAACCAGCUUCUACUAAUGCGGAAGACGGUGUUGAUCCGAGUGCUAAAGCUACAAGUAAUAACCCUAAGCCACCUCCAGGAGGUUGGAAUCAGAAGAAUGUCGGUAUGUUUUGGACAAUGUGCAAUAAAUGCGAAACACGAUGUGCACUCAUAAGGGAUUGUCGUCUUAACAAGGUCAUACUUUGUCCAAAUUGUGGUCAGUCUUUCAUUGCAACCGAGAAAACUCAAUGUUCAAGUUUUGUGAGGCCAGUCCCUAACUCUCCUCAACAACAACAAAGGAGUGCCCAAACUAAAGCAAGAAACAAAAAUAAAAAAGGUGCUUCUGGUUCUUGGACAAGCGUUUCACCAUCUACUAGUAAAACUCAGAAAACUCCACAAGAAGGUGCCAAAAGUCAAGCAACAAACGACAACAGUAAUGAAGCUUCUUCUUCUUCACCAUCUGCAAAUGCGACCGGGGAAACUCCACAGGGAAGUUUUGCGACUCCAGUCAUCAAUGUCUCAUCACCUACACAACCAGAAGAACAACGGAGUACCCAAAAUCAAUCACCAAGUCAAAACACAAGUGGUGGUACUCAUUCAAAGACGACAUCAACUGUUCGUUUUAGCUUUAGUUCUCGCUGUCAUUGUUCGAUAUCUGUAAGAACCAGUUCUAACGGCGGAAAUACCACAAAUCAAGAACAAGACAGAUCGAAAAGAGCAUUUGAGGAGUCGAAAGAAACGACGAUUCUUAAGAAGCAGAGGACAGAUGUGAAAUAA